CCAGACGUCCCUCCGUCGCCAUUUUGGCUCAAGCGAUUCCGAUCGAGGCUGUCACAUCACGCGACGGCCUUGUGAGUUGUCACCCCCUGUCAGACUUCAACUCGAUCAAGGAGCCCAUCCAACACAAUGCGUGAGGCGAUCUGCAUCCACAUUGGGCAGGCGGGUGUGCAGAUUGGCAAUGCAUGCUGGGAGCUUUUCUGCCUUGAGCACGGUAUCCAGCCCGACGGCCAGAUGCCCUCUGAUAAGACGAUCGGAGGCGGCGACGAUGCCUUCAACACGUUCUUCUCCGAGACUGGCGCUGGCAAGCACGUCCCCCGCUGUGUGAUGGUCGACCUAGAGCCCACUGUGGUCGAUGAAGUACGCACGGGUACAUACCGUCAGCUGUUCCACCCUGAGCAGCUCAUCUCGGGCAAGGAGGACGCCGCGAACAACUUCGCGCGAGGCCACUACACCAUCGGCAAGGAGAUCGUCGACCUCGUCCUGGAUCGGAUCAGGAAGUUGGCCGACAACUGCACUGGCCUCCAGGGCUUCAUGAUCUACAAUGCCGCUUCUACUCUUCCGGCAACCAACUGCGGGAAUCUCUGACGUGGGCCUCCCGGGCCCCAGCAGCGGGCCACGCCCCUCCGCCGUCGCCCGCCCCCGCCGACCGUGCCCCGCGCGCCCCUCGGGGCCCGACGGGGCUCGGCGGGGCUCGGCCGAGCCCCGGGGCGGGCCGCGGCUGCAGCCUGUGCGCGUGGCCGCGGACAGCUGGCACCCGUGCCCAUGCGACCUGCAUGGUCCUCGGGGGGUGCGUGUGGUCGGAUUGGCUCUCGGCUCGAACGGGGGCCCUUGGAUCGGAGUCCGACAGCCCUUGCCCACAGCUGCAGGGCAGCCUCCAACCGCGAGGCGCGGGCCAGCCCCCCCCCCCCUACAAGUAUGAGCGCGCGUCGUCCGCUCGUCACGAGCAGCGGGCCGCACUCCUCUGCUGUCCCCCGCCUCAAGAAAAAACUCAGGGGAGGCCAGUUUCACAGAGGCAGGAUUCCGUGAUUUUCUAGUGGGCCUCGUUGGGUCUGAAUGGACGUUGGAGGCAAUUCAGGCUCCCCCGCCCGUUUCGGUGAAACUCUCUCGCCUCUCGCCCCCUGGAAGUGAUAUCCCGCCCCCAGAGCCCUCAGUGCGGGAUCCCACCAAAUCAAUCAAUUUGUGGGGUGCUAUCGAUAUCCCUCGGCGGUUCCCCCCCUCGGAGAUCAAUUGAUUAUUUUCAGUGCUCCUGGUAUCGCCCGGGGCAUUCUUAGUUGCUUCUCACGGGUAUUCGCUUCUCCGGUCAUCCAGGAUGGCCAGGGCAGGCCGAGAGUCUUCCAAUAGCGCGGCUAGGACCGCACUGGCAACGACAGGCCAUGAGGCUCUGAAGACGGCCUGGGGGUAGUCGCAAGACGCUGGGUCCAGCGACAAACGCCGGGAGGCAUUGAUCGCGCCGUUCUGCCGUGGCACGUUCUGCGCCUCUUCCAGCUCAGCCAGCGUGCAGCCUUGACUCAGGCGAGCCAUCCCACUUCGCGGCGAUUGUCCCUCACGUGAGCGCGCGCGCACUGAGCACCAAUUGUCGCUGAUCAGACGAGCAAAGACGAUGGUCGAGCAACGUGACGCAACUGUUACUAGAACCUUUGCGCGCAAAGCGCGCGCGUGGUUUGAUCACGCCUCAGCUAGGUCCUACAAACAUAUGCGCCUACAUCCAUACAACAGCCCG